CCGCAAGCGCGCUCCCCGACCGUCGGUAUAAAACUGAAGCGCCAGGUUCUCCCAAAGCUCUACGCGAGGCAGGCGGUAGGCGCGUACCACUCCAAAGCUCAUCUAAUAACGUGCCAAUCUAGGAUUUAAGAUGUACAGAACUACAAGGUCCCCAAUGAUGCAGCCGCUGGUCAGCUCAGGAAUGGGCAUGGCUCCUUUCUUCAAGGUGACCGUGUUCGAGCAGGAGCAUUUCCAGGGCAAGUGCCUGGAGUUCACCUCCGAGUGCUGCAACAUUCAGGAGUGCGGACUGGACAACAUCCGCUCCAUCAGGGUGGAGAGCGGAGCCUGGGUGGGUUAUGAGCACCAUGACUUCCAGGGCCAGCAGUUCAUCCUGGAGAGAGGAGAGUACCCCCACUGGGACGCUUACAGCGGCUCCCUCUCCUACCACGUGGAGCGCCUCAUGUCCCUGCGCCCCAUCUACUGCGCCUCCCACCAGAGCAGUCGCAUGAUCGUCUUCGAGAGAGAGAACUUCAUGGGCCGCAGCGUGGAGAUCUGUGACGACUACCCCUCUCUGCAGGCCAUGGGCUGGAUGAUGCCCGAAGUUGGCUCCAUGCACGUGCAGUGUGGCGCCUUUGUGUGCUACCAGUACCCUGGCUACAGGGGCCAGCAGUACAUCAUGGAGUGUGAGAAACACAGCGGAGACUACCAGCACUGGAGAAACUGGGGCUCCCACUGUCAGACACCCCAGAUCCAGUCCAUCAGGCGCAUCCAGCAUUGAGAGGAGGACAGGCUGAGACUGAGACAGCAGCUCCCCUCGACCUCCCUUUGCCCAUAACCCUCUCCUCCCUUUCUUCCUUCCUUCCUUCCUUUCUCCAGUCCUUUUCCUUCCUCUUGACUCGAGCUCCCGACAGCUGCACCGCCCCAGCUCAACACCAAUCACUGAUUUUCAGCCGCUGCCAGAGUGUGAUAAGAGACAAUAUCGCACUGUUAAAGCACAGGGAAACACACACACACACACACACAUAUACACAUGCUAACAUAAGUGACACUCACACAGUGUCUUUUUAUUUGGUUUAGAGGUCCCUGCACAAAUUUGUACAAACACACACCUGCGCUGUACUCUCACCUGAGCAAGGAACCAAAAGAGGGGACACGAAGCUCCCACGUGGCGCCAUUAACCAGGAAAACAUCCCCGGCUGCAGUCGCCCUCCUCAGUGCAGCAGACUGCUCUCUGGUGCAGCUCAGAUGUGUUUUGUUGUUGUGUAGGAGGUUGAUCCACAGGUUGAUGACUAAUAAACUCAUUUUCAGCUCA